GACGAGAGGGAGGUGGCAACAGUGGCAAGGGAGACGUGAAGUAAACAGUGCACGUGAGAGGUGUGUCAAGCCUCUGCUGGAUAAUUGACCUUUAUUUAAGUGUGAUGGCAGGUGUGUAAUGAUGUACAGGUGGUGGCAAGAGGCGUGUUAGUGGCCCAUGUGAACCACAACCAACACACAUCAACCAUAAACUUAAUAAACUGUGGAGACUAAAACACGUAGGCAUAACACCGUGAUGGUGCUCACUGACUCUGCACUCGUGUUACAAAUGGACUGAUGCCGUUACAGUAUUGGUGUUAAAAGUUACUGGUGGUUUUAAUACUGGUGCUACUAACACCGUGGUGGAGGCGAUAGAACAGGAAGCUACAACAUCAUCGACAACAAGAAGCAGCAGCCAGCUCAAGAUGUCGUCCACGUGGUACAUUGAGUCGGACAUGGCUACACGAGACUGGUCUGACUCAGAAUCUGUGGCCAGCAGUGUGGCUGCCGCGUCUGAGGUGUCCACAGUGCCAGACAAGUUUGGUUUCCUGGGAGGAGCUCAGUACACUGAGGACGGGGAGGAAACAGUACCAGUAGAUGUUAUCAGAAGAAGAGAGAAGAAAUGGCUGGAUAUGUUCAGCAACUGGGACUCUCACAUGCUCAAGAAGUACAAGAAAGUCAGAGACAGAUGCCGCAAGGGAAUUCCUUCAGCUCUCCGUGCACGAGGAUGGCAACACCUGUGUGGUGCACACAAACAACUGGAGAGAAAUCCUUGUGCGUUUGACCAGUUGGCCGAGGCUCCGGCUGACCCCAGACUGGAAGACGACAUCAGGAAGGAUCUUCAUCGACAGUUUCCUCUUCAUGAAAUGUUCCUACAGAAAGGAGGGCAUGGCCAAGAAGAUUUAUUCCGGGUGUUGAAGGUCCACGCUCAGGUCUCUCCCGACGAGUACUGCCAAGCCCACGCCCCUCUUGCUGCCGUCCUCCUCAUGCAGAUGCCCGCUGAGCCUGCGUUUUGGUGCUUAAAAUCAAUUUGCGAUAAAUACGUCCCAGGAUAUUACGCUCGGGGAUUGGAAGCCAUACAAGUGGACGGAGAUAUUUUAUACAAAUUGCUGAAGAAGGUGUCACCCUCAGCUUAUAAACACUUAGUAAGCUUUGUUUUAACUACAGUAUAUAGUAUCACCCUCAGCUUAUAAACACUUAGUAAGCUU